GCUUUGCUUGCUGUUUCGGCUGGAAGCUGAUCUCUGUCCACCGCGAUUCGCGAACCCUUUCCUAGCUACGCUGAGCCACUCCGCGCGCCUCGCUGUCGCUCGCUUUUCGCCUCCUGCGUGGUUGCUUCGCGUGCGACAGGCAUAGCGUAGCCGCUCAAUCGUGCAACGCGAAGCAUCGCCAGUGCACCGUGCAAUUUCUUCCGCCAACUCGCACUAGCUUCGCGCGACUUCUUGCUGACGGCAGGUGAGGCAGACGGCUAUCCGUCUGAGCCAGGUCCGACAGACCGCUAGCCGUGCGGCCGCGCAAGUUCCGGCGUCGUGGGGGAACGCGCCGUUUCCUCAGUGAGAGAGCGCCGUCCUUAUUCUCCCCCGGCCCGCUCUUCCCCAGUUCUGCCCGCUCUCCCGCGCUGGCCCGCUCUCCCGCGCUGGCCUGCUCUCCCGCGCUGGGCGCGCCUCCACCCCACGAUCCCGCGGGCUCUGCUAACGCGAUGGGGCCACACCCACAGACGCUUGACGUUUGAUACUACAGGCGAGAGCAGCCGGGGCAGCACCUCUGUCGUCCAAGAGUCAGUGCAGGAAGGAAGGGAAUCUUCGCAGUAUCUUUUGGCCUGACUGCACGGCACGUCGGGGAAGUGCGGCACAGCAAGCCGCGUUUGCUGCGAGCUGCAAUGCUGGUGUGGAGUUGAGAGCAAGGGAAGCAACGCACGUGUUGGCGUUGGGAGCUAGAGAGGCUGUAACAGGAGACGGGUUGGUUUCGGUGCAGCAAUCAGCAUUCUGUGCAGUGCAGCACGAGCGUUGGCAAAGCUUGCUGCCGCUGGCAGGGGCGUGCUGCCGUUGGCAGGGCGUGCUGCCGCUGGCAGGGGCGUGCUGCCGCUGGCUCUGAGGGCAACUCACCGAUGGAGCAAGCAGGGGCUGCAGCGCCGCCACAGAGCUUCGAAAUAUUCCCACUCAUUGAGUCACUUGCAGAUGCCAUGCAAGCGGGAGCAGGAGACGCGGCAAUCCAAGGGCUGGUGGCGGACCUAGUGGGCAGGUUUGAUGCGUGCUUCAAGGCGCUUCAAGAAUCCAACUCCACCCUGCCAGAGGUGAAGCCUUGGGGAGCAGCGCGCCCAGCUACAUGCCCUCCAGCAGCAUCUGGACGCCCAAAGAGAAACUUUGGACAAGCUGCUUGGCUUGAAGACCCGUUCUAACAAAUGAGUGGACCAGAGGCUUUUUCUGAUGUUCACAAUAAUCUCCUCUGCCAAAACAGGUGAUCGUAGGAAAAUGCCACUAAUAUGCUGUAUUUUGUGCCAAGUAGGCUGCAUGUAUGGUUAUCCCCUCGAAGGUAUACACUGUCGGUCUGUACUUACACCGAAUAUUCAAUCGACGGCUGAGUGGCGCGCCACCCGUCACCAAUCAGCCCUCUAUUUCCGAGUUUUUCGUCUCCUUUCCCGCAACCCCUCCCUUCCCUCCCCUCCUCGCUGCCCUGCCAGCACUGCACGCCCCAGUGUCGGCGGAUCCAGUUGAGUGGAGCCUCAAGAUUAGACAGCGCUCCUGCGAAGUUUGGACAGGAGGAGAGCAAAAAGUGCAACGGGUGUGAUGUGUCUGGAGGGAAUUCCACCUCUUGGCACGUGUAGCUUGUUGCUGACGUGACGUCGUAUGAAUCCAAUUAGGCGUCGCACGCUGCUCGCAACCAAACCGGAAGAGGCAAAGGAAAGUACCACGUGUCAGGUUGGAACUUUUGGCCGUGAAGAAAACAAACGGCCACCUAUUUCAUAUUUUUCUUCACCCAGUUCUGCCCAAAACGGGCAAUUUCUGUGUUGCGCAGGUACUACUGCACGUGUAGGUUCAAUGCGCUCUCUUUCACACAAAAAAAACCGGUGUUGUGUACGUGACGUUGACCGGCAUGUUCCGGUUGAAGAUUGGGCCAAUCCUGACGCCCAACGUGGUCGCAAUCCGUCGUAUAGGG